AUGGGCUUUGCUAAAAAAUGGGUGGACCUGAUUAUGAAUUGCAUCUCUUCUGUGUCCUAUUCAGUUAUUAUCAAUAGUGAGGCUUGUGGAAACAUUACCCCCACAAGAGGCAUAAGGCAGGGGGAUCCCCUUUCCCCCUACCUCUUUCUUCUUUGUGCUGAAGGCCUCUCCGCUCUCUUUCACAAAGCUGCUCGGGACAAGCAAAUAAAUGGAAUUGCUAUCGGCAGGGGCUGCCCUUCCCUUACUCACCUCUUUUUCGCUGACGAUAGCCUCUUUUUUUGCAAAGCAUCGGUCCAAGAAUGUCAGCAUCUUGUUAACAUCCUCAGCCGCUAUGAAGCGGCCUCGGGGCAAAAAAUCAAUACUGACAAGUCUUCCGUCUUUUUCAGCCCAAACACCCCGCAAGAGAGAAAGGAAUGCAUUUUAAAUAUCCUUGGACCAAUGCAAGACUCCAGGCACUAUAAAUACUUGGGGCUCCCCUCCAUCAUUGGCAAAUCUAAGGCUUUGGUGUUUGCGGAAGUUAAGGAAAGGGUGGCGAAAAAGCUGGCUGGUUGGAAGGGAAAGCUCCUUUCAAUUGGGGAGAGAGAGAUCCUUAUCAAGGCGGUUGCCCAAGCAGUGCCCACGUACACAAUGAGUUGCUUCCAACUCCUUAAGACACUUUGCAAAGACCUUGAAAAUUUGAUGAGGAAGGUUAGAAACAUCCAAGCUUUCAACCUUGCCAUGUUGGCUAAGCAAGGUUGGAGAAUCCUCACCAACCCAAACACUUUGAUGGCUCGGAUAUUUAAAGCCAAAUAUUUUCCCCAUGAUGAAGUCCUUAACUCCAAAAAAGGAAACAACCCCUCUUACGCUUGGCGAAGUAUUCAUAAUAGUCUUGAGGUGAUUAAGAGAGGCACUAGAUGGAGGGUGGGUAAUGGCCGUCGAAUUCAUAUUUGGGAGGAUAAGUGGCUGCCAACGCCCUCCUCUUUCAAAGUGAUUACGCCCCAAACUGAUUUUGACAACUAUCCUAUGGUAUCUUCCCUUAUUGAUAAUGAUACCAAAUGGUGGAAAGUAGAUUUGGUCAAGUCCAUGUUUUUGCCCUAUGAUGCUAGCAAGAUUUUAAAAAUUCCCCUUAAUUAUAAUCUCCCCGAAGACAACCUUAUUUGGAUUGGCAAUAAGCGGGGGGUCUUUACUGUCAAAAGCGCAUACCACAUUGCUUCUUCCCUUGUGGACUCAAAUGAGGUUAGGGAGUGUUCCUCAUCAAAUUCAAAAACGUUGCUGUGUAAAAGGAUUUGGAGUCAAAAAGUUCCUCAAAAACUCAAAAUUUUUGCUUGGCGUUUUUGUGUCAAUGGCCUUCCCACUAUGUUCAAUCUAAGUCACAGGGGUAUUCAUUGUUCAAGUUUCUGCCCUCUUUGCGACAUGGCUAUUGAAUCCACUGCCCAUACUCUCUUCCUUUGUGAUCAUGCUAAGCUAACCUGGACACAUUGGCACAAUUGUCCAGUUGAUGUUCUUCACUCAGCCAGAGAUCCUGUGGACAUUGUUCUAGACUUUAUUGAUAAAGGUUCCCCAAAUGACCUAGAACUUUUCUUUGCAGUGGCUUGGUCCAUCUGGUGGAACCGCAAUCAAGCUAUUUUUUAUGACUCUGGCACUCCUCCAGGGCAGGUUUGGGAGAUGGCAAAUAGAACACUGGGCGAGUACAAAGCUGCUUGCACCCUCCCUGUUUUUUCUCCGCCUCCUGCCCCAUCGGUUUGGCAAGCCCCUCCCCCGGGUUUCUACAAGGUUAAUGUUGACGGCGCUGCUUUUGAUGAUGAUAAACCUUCUUGUAUUGGUGUGGUGAUUCGCGACUGUAUGGGCUCUCUCAUUGCAGCGUCAAGCAAAGUCCUACAGGCGCCUUUCUCUGCAGAAACCACUGAAGCUUUGGCGCUGCAAGAAGGGGUGCUGUUUGCUUCAGUUUUGGGAAUCUCCCAUGUCCUUGUAGAGUCCGAUGCACUCUCAGUUAUUCAGGGUAUUUCUGGCUGUGAUACCGGCAGUGAUCAGGGGCACAUUAUUCAGAACAUCAAAGAUGUCUCCUCUUCCUUCACCUGGUGCUCUUUUCAGCAUUUGAAAAGGAGUGGCAACAGAGCAGCCCAUGAUUUAGCAAGAGCUGCCAGCUCCUCUGGUGUCUCCCGGAUUUGGAAGGGUAUGUGUCCAAGUUUUGUGAGGCAUGUAAUCUUAGAGGAUUGUGGCUUGUAA